CAUGAUGUUAAUUAGUCUUGUAAUAAGUGUUAAACUGGAUAUAGCUUGACGGAAAAAUUUUGGAAAAAUUAUUAGAGUAUGGAUUUAAGCAUGGAUUUAUCUUUUGGAGAGGUUCCUCCUUUAAAGUUAAUUGCGGCAAGGAAAUCUUACUCGGACGGUGCUCCUGUAUUAAACGGAGUUAAUCUCGGCGUGGAUAAGGGAACGAUAUAUGCCUUACUUGGUCCGAGUGGAUGUGGGAAAACGACUCUUCUAUCCUGCAUAGUUGGACUCCAACACUUGAACUCUGGGAAGAUUGAAAUAUUUGGUAGAGACAUUUCUGAUUAUAGAAAUGGCGUUGCGGGCAGUGUGAUAGGAUACAUGCCACAGGAAAUCUCACUUUACGAGCUAUUCACGCUCAAGGAAACAUUUUUCUACUAUGGCAUGUUACACUCGAUGUCAAAAAUCUGUAUAAAUGAUCAGUUGGAAAAGCUGCAAACCUUACUAGACUUGCCACAUUUGAACAAAUAUAUUAAUGAAAUCAGUGGAGGAGAACGUCGCCGAGUUUCGCUGGGAGUCGCGUUAUUACAUAAUCCCGAACUUUUAAUCCUUGAUGAACCAAGCGUAGGGAUUGACCCGCUUUUAAGGCUAAAGAUAUGGGGAUACCUCACAAGCUUGGUUAAAACUCAACAAACCACGAUACUAAUCACGACACAUUACGUGGAAGAAACAAAGCAAUGCGAUAAAAUCGGUUAUUUACGAGAUGGAACAAUUUUGAUCGAAGAUUCUCCAAGCAGAUUAUUAGAAGCGUAUAAAGUUACAUUACUGGAUGAUGCCAUUCUUGCAGCGUGCAAAGCCAAACAGGAACCAGAAAAUAGUUCUGAAUUAUUUAUCUCCAAACCGAAAAGAACAAGUAGCCUCCAAAAUAACGUCCAACUCACAGCAUUUCGUAAAUUAGAGAAAUAUUUGAAGGAGUCGAGUAUCCAUGAGGAAAUUGUACUUGACAAGAUGGCGGCUAAUUAUUUACCCGAUAUGAAUCAAAUUAAUUGGGUUUCGCUUAGGAGGGAAUUUAGCAGCCUGAAAGCACUUGCAAAGCGCAACUGGAUAAUCAACAUACGAUUUAAGACGAUGUGUGCAAUCCAAAUAAUGACCACACUAAUGGGCUGCUUCCUUGCCAUUCACGGUAUUGGACAUGAUCCUAUCGGGCUUCAAAUAGGUGUCGUGAAUUAUGACAGACCAUGUCGAAAUGAUGUCGCAUCCUUUUAUGAAAAAAUUCAAAAUUUUCGAACUAAGUAUAGAUCUGGAAAUAGUGAUGGCACGGUCAAUAAUUUUGGCUGUCAGUUUUUACACAUUUUAGUAGGUGACGGCACAAUUGUGAACUCGGUGCACAAGGAUUCAGAACUUGAAGCUUUAAAAUCUUUGAAAAUGGGUCACAUUCUUGGCUACAUUGUGAUUCCAAGGAAUUACUCGGAUUACUUGAGAGACCGAAUCGUGUUUAAUAUUCAUGCCGGUAAUGAGACCCUGGAUGGAUCAACAAUGUCUGUGCAGCUAGAUAACUCAAAUUAUCUCAUCUCUUACUACGCUAGAGAAUACAUUGUAUCAAGCAUGUCACAAUUAUUUGAAAACCUUGCCGUCUGGUUUGGCGUGGAUAAACGUGUGGUCAAUCUUCCUUUAAAGUUCAACCCAAUCCAUGGAUCUUUGACAGAUACUUGGAAUCAUUAUCUAGCACCGGUGUAUCUCUUAAUGGUUUGGGGAAUCAAUUCGACAAUGUCCUCCUUAUUUCACAGUCUCGAUAAGACUCAAAGUAGUCUUUCCAGAACGCUGGCGACGGGUGUGAGAUAUCACACGGUCUUAUUCUCCUAUUACAUCGCUGACCUUUCGAUAAUGCUACCGCAAGCUGUGGUAAUUUUCACGCAUCUCUGGUGGUAUCGAGGCGAUGUAAUCGUUGGAAGCUGGAUUUCUAUUUUCGUCAUUUUCUACGUCCUCCGUGUAAACAUCAUAGCUUUGACGACCUUAGUUUCAGAAUGUUGCAGAACUAUCAUAAAUUCCAUUUUCGUCCAAGUAUCGAUAGUGAUGCUUGGCAUAUAUGCGUCAGACACAUUUUGGCCAAUAGAAAGUGUGGCGUGGUGGUACAAACCAUUCUGCUAUUGUCUGCCCCCGACGAAUCCGAACGGAGCGUUGCGCAGCAUUAUGACGAGAGGCUGGGGGGUGACAAAUCCGAAAGUGUUUUACUAUGGGAUUUUCAUCCCUCUGCUGGUAUCCGUAAUUGCGUUUUUUAUAACUGUUCGAGUUGCAAUGAGAAGGAAAUUGUAAUUUUGCGUGAAGAAAUCUGUAAAUCCACUGUCUUAUAAAUAUGUUUGAAUGGGAUGAUCCCACUAAGCAUUAAGCAGAUAGAGAGCAAUAAUUUUAAAUCGAAUAAAAUUUCGAAAUAAAGAUUUUAGUAAAUAUUA